AUGUCUUCUCUAACUAAUGAACACGCUGCUGCUAUUCUGAAACCAUUUGUUGAUAGUUAUGUCGAAACUUUCAAUUCUGGCAGUUUUGGCAAAAUGGAAGAUUUUUACGACGCCAACUCUGUAAUGGUUGAGAAAGACAAAAGCGUUUUGUUUGGAAAGAAAGAUAUUGCCAAAUCCCUUGAGCAAUUGGCUACCGACUGCGGAAAAACUGUUAUGAAAAUCUCCAACUCCAAGUAUGAAGGUGUAGGAGAUUACAUCAACAUGUUCACCGAUUUUGAGUUCCAUACUGAAAAGGCGGGUGUUCUUAAGGGCUCUUACAUCCAAAUCUGGAGAAAAGUAAACGACGUCUACGUCAUUUAUCACGAUGAAUAUCAACUUCUUUGA